AUGGCUUCUGCUACUAGCUUUUAUGACUUUAAGCCUCUUGACAAGCGCGGUCAAGAGGUUCCCCUCGCCGACUACAAGGGCAAGGUCGUCCUCAUUGUCAACACAGCCUCCAAGUGCGGCUUCACUCCCCAGUAUGCUGGUCUCGAGAAACUCUGGACCAAGCUCAAGGAGAAGUACCCUGAGGACUUUGUCAUUCUCGGCUUCCCCUGCAACCAGUUCGGUGGCCAGGAGCCCGGCACCGACGACGACAUCCAGGAGUUCUGCCAGCUCAACUACGGCGUGACCUUCCCCAUCAUGCAGAAGACCGAGGUCAACGGCGACAACACCAACCCUCUCUGGGCCUGGCUCAAGGACCAGCAGUCGGGUCUUUUGGGCCUCAAGCGCAUCAAGUGGAACUUUGAGAAGUUCCUUGUUGGACGUGAUGGAAAGGUCAAGGGACGCUGGGCUAGCACCACCAAGCCCGAGUCUCUGGAGGAGCCUAUCCUGAAGGCUCUUGCUGAGAAGACUGAGGCUUAA